AGCUCCACGCCAGAAUGAGCAGAAGGUAAAAGGUCAGUACCGCUGUGUUGGACUAGCCGGGUGAUUUUCCAGCUCACACCUCGAUGAGUAUCAGCUGAGGACAGCUUGGGCCAGUGUUACAGUCGGUGUAGGGAUUUUUAAUAAGCCAGAAUGGCCAAGAAGAGAAGCGGAGAAAGAGGAUCCGGGGACGCCCCUUCGCUGCUGGAGGAAGAGCCGGCGGUUAAAGAGAACCAACCACUGAAAGGAGAGCAGCAGUACUCUGGUGGAGGCUCUGCCCGCAUGUCCCUCCUGAUACUCAUCUCCAUUUUUGCCUGUUCUGCCUCAGUUAUGUAUCUGGUUUAUAGAAAUUUCCCUGAACUGAGUGUAGAUGAGCAGGAAAAGAUAAAAAUCCCCAAAGACAUGGAGGAUGCUAAGGCACUGGGUACAGUGCUCUCCAAAUAUAAGGACACCUAUUAUACCCAAGUGCUCUUAGCUUACUUUGCUACAUAUAUCUUCCUCCAGACCUUUGCCAUUCCUGGUUCGAUUUUCCUCAGUAUACUGUCUGGAUAUUUAUACCCAUUCCCCUUAGCAUUGUUCCUGGUCUGUCUGUGUUCAGGUCUGGGAGCCUCCUUCUGCUAUAUGUUGUCGUAUUUAGUGGGCAGACCCGUAGUUUACAAGUACCUCACAGAGAGAGCCCAGAAAUGGUCUCAGCAGGUAGACAAGCACAGAGAACAUCUCAUCAAUUACAUAAUUUUUCUGAGAAUCACCCCCUUCCUCCCCAACUGGUUUAUCAACAUUACCUCACCUGUCAUCAACGUUCCUCUGGGAGUCUUCUUCCUGGGCACAUUUCUGGGGGUGGCUCCUCCAUCUUUCGUAGCAAUUAACGCCGGCACCACACUGUACAAACUCACCACCGCGGGAGAGGCGGUGUCCUGGAACUCUCUGGCCAUUUUGGGCGUCCUGGCAGUUCUGUCUAUUCUUCCAGUGUGCUUCCAGAAGAAGCUGCAGCAGAAGAUGGAGUAGACGCCCCAGUUUGCUCAGUAUGGCUCUUGCUGUUGGCUGGGGAGUGAUGUGAAGAGGUCCUCUGUCAUUCACUUCAGUCUGCAUCUGCCCAUCAUCACACUGCAAGCUCACGUUUGUCCUCAUGGUGGGUGAAAUGGGCUCGAAACUGUUAAAGAUCUGACCGGCCCAUCCUCUUCCCCUCAGUUUCUGUUUAUUUUUUCCUUGCGGAUUGAAAUUUUGUCACAGUAAUGAAAAUGUAUUUGACUUUGCAAAUGUUUUUAAUGAACCUGACUACUAAUUAAUGGUCCUUUUAUUAACUGUAGUGUUUUUUUUUUUUAUCUUUUCUUCAUUACCCAAAUUAUUCUCAUAACUGUAAAGCAAUACUAGUGUGUAUGGUUUUUUUUUAAAGAACAUUUUGUUUAUUAAGAGCGGGUUUGCUAGUACAAUAACAGACAACUUAAACACAGCACACCGGUCAAAAUCUCUUCUAAAACAAUGUGCCAUUAUUAGCAUGCAGUUCCACACUCCAGUCUGGUUGAUUAAAAUGUACAGUAGAUUUUAGGCCUGUCACAAUAACUAUGAUUGACUGAGCAUACAGUAUAAGAAUGUACCCUCUUAAUCAUUUUUUGAACCGAUUUGCUUAUUUAUUUUUGGAUAUUUACAAUUUUCAUACCCCAGUUCCGAUGUCUAAAAAUUACUUUGAUAAAUGAAUUGCUCUUUAAGCGGGUUUUCACACCUGUAGUUGGUCACUGUGGUCUGGAUCAGUUGAUGAGUUUGUUUAUUUGGAGCGUUUCUCCCUCUGUUUGGUUUAGUUUCACACAGGCAUACACCAAAAUGUGCUGUAAAUACAGCUAGAAGAUACUUUGUUCCUGCACGUAUAUCUUUGCAGUGUGUAAAGUGUGCAGCACAGUUGUAGAUGUAGUAAACGGAGUCGUGCGGCUGCAAGCAGUGAACACUGCACGUACUGUGCGUGUAAACGGCAUUUUUUCAAAGCAGUGGUAAUUAGCAUUAUCUGGCUGAUAUAUCAGAUUAAACUGGGCCUUGUCAGCAGUUUAGGUUAGUUAAAAGAAGUAUAUUUGAUGACUGGGUCACGUUCUCACCACAAGCAAAUUGCUCCAUAGUUCUUUCGAGACCAGACUGAGACCACCUCAUCUAUCUUGUCCCGGUCCAUUUGUUUUGAUCCACACCCGUGUGCGAUAACUGUUUUCACAUUUGCUUAAUUGAACCACACUAAGUGUACAAACAAGAGAACCAGAGUCUGUUUUAACCGGGCUAAAUACUGCUGGUGUGAAAAUGGCCAAAAAAGUUAAUCAAUUUAUUUCUAUAAUUUCACUAAAGCUGAUUAUGGUGACAGGCCUAGUAUAUAUAUAUAUAUAUAUAUAUAUAUAUAUAUAUAUAUAUAUAUAUAUAUAUAUAUAUAUAUAUAUAUAUAUAUAUAUAUAUAUAUAUAUAUAUAUAUAUAUAUAUAUUUGAGACCCAUAAUGUAAUAUGUAGAAUGGGCAUUAUGAGAUUCUUGAAACUUUUAGUGUGAUCUUUGAUUUGGAGACUACAUUAAUAUGAUGCUCCAAACAGAUUGAUGCUGUGCCAGCUUAGUGCCCUUAAUGUACUGCUGCCAACUACAUGUAGGAGGUGCUAGUGCUUCUUGCUCUUAUAUCGUAGAUACUUUUCCAUUUAUCUCAACUGCCAUUGAUUAUUGAAAGGGUGAAUGAAUGAUUGAAUGAAUAUGGUGAGAAGAAGGUUCAAGUUCAGACAGAGAUGAGUUGUAUUUCUAACGAUGCCUCUCAUGUAUUGUAACUUAUGAAAUGUGUAGGUUUUUUUUUUUUUCCUCAAACAAAAAAUCUAAUUCACAAAAUACUACAAAAAUCUAAACGUAAUCAGUCUGCCAGGAUGUGAGAUACAUCCAGAUUUUGCUUCUGUAGUUAUGAAUCUAAUGAACGUUGCUAACAAACACUAAAGGGCAUUCACACCUGAAAUCCUGGACCAAAGGUGUGUGUGUUUGUUACUCUGUAUACAAUUAGGGCUUUUUCACACUUGUCCUAAAUGAAUAAAUCUGAACGCAUGUCGUGGGACAGGGAAAAAAAGCCUAGUGCACAAAAACACCCUUAAGCCCUAUCCGGACAGGAUUAGUUUCUCAGGGAGACGUCUGUGAAAAAACAUUUCACACUUUUACUCAGUGAUAAAACUGAGUUGGCUUUCUUGGUCACAUGCAUGUGUUCAGUAGCUCCUCCAUUUCCACUCGCUGUUGUUUUUACAUGGAUCUCCGUGGAAAUACGCGCCCAAAUUGUUACUACAGUGUGUGGCAGUGGACAAAUAGCUAUUUUAUUAAACACAAGGUGAAGAAACUCAAAAAUGUGGAUCCGAACGGUACUAAAAUUACCGGAGGACCACAGAGUUCAGCAAAAAACAGUAGGUAAUCUAGCCUGUAAUUUUCUCAGAGGAUGUCUGAGAAAAACACAUACAUAUUCAUUCCUGACAGGAAUUAAAUCAUAGAGGACCCCAGAUAAAAGAGAAAAUUACCCCAGAAAUGACCCCCUGAGAAACUAGUCCCAUGCAGAUAGAGCUUUAGUUUGGUUAGUUGUGAGGUUAUUUUUCUUCUUCUAUUGUUUAAUGGGGGAUGGUAGCCUGCCUCUAUUUCCUGUGAUUGAUUUGAAAAUCCUCUGCAGACACACUGCACCAUCGUUCAGUUGAUUCAGACUGAGACCAUUUCAAUAUAUCAGACAAAUUUAUGGUCCUCUUCUUCCAAAAAUGAUCUGCAGCACUUUUCACACCUGCUAUUCUGGUGCAAAAUUACACUUUAAUUUGUUAGCAACAUUAGCUUCAUAGCUCUGGUGCACAACUGAUGAAGCAAAAUAUGGAUGCUAACAAUGUCUUGACUAGGGGUGAGAAUCUCUCAAUCCGAUAUAUUAUAUUAUCCCAUGCCCAUGGUAACAGUAAUAUCACAAUCCUGUGAUUCUGUGAUACUCGAUAUAUCACAAGACAAUUCUCUACCAUACUUUUGUGUUACUACUAAAUAAGUAAAGUCAAAUUGGUUGGCGAGUCUUCAGGAGUUUAGAGCGCCUAUUUUUAUAUAAAAAUAUUAUACAUAUUGAUAAUGUAUUGCAAACAAAAAUUAUGCAAUAUAUCGCAAUAUCAAUAUUUUGGCCCACCCCUGGUCUUGUGUGAUAGAUUACAUCUAAAAUAAAAAAAAAUAUGUAAUUUUUUUUCUUUACUUUUCUUUUUUCUUUUAAUGCAGCAUUGAGCUUAAAAAAGUAAGAGGAGGAAAGCAAAUGAUCUAGUCUUAACUAAUUCAUUAAUAAAGACUGAACAUUAGCUCUACUUAUAUUUUCGUACGUAUAUACACAUUUUUUUUUUUUUUUUUUUUUUUUUGUAUUUUAUUGUGAAAGCCUGUGUAGCCCAUUAGCUUUGUGUGUGAGAAUCUUCAUUUCAUUUCUUCAUGUCCAUUUUUUUAUUAUUUUAAUAUGGACCUAUAGAAAGUGAGCAGUGUCUAUAUAAUAUGGAGUCUUAUUUGCACUGAAUUUCUGCCUGUAAAGGGGAAACUAUGAUGGGAGGUUGUUACGCUACAAAUGGUGAAAGGUGGAUACCUCUCCGUGCUACAUAGUUGUCCUUUUUCUAAUCAUUUUACACUGUUUUUGUUUUUCCGUCAGGUGCUCUUCAGUUUUAUUCAUUUUUAUAGUCAUUUUUGGCCCAGUUUUCCAAAAGGAAUCAGAAGCAAAAGCUUCUUAGCAAAGAAGAUUGUUUUGUAGAGCAUCACAUUGCGCACUCUUUCGCCAUGUUAAGAUGUUCUUAUUCUUAGUCUUAUGAUUCUUGUGGGAAACUGGGCCCUGGUUUGUUUUCUCCUUUGGUGUGGUUGAUUUUGGCAGGUGUAAAAAAAAAAAACAGUAACCGCAUUUGGGAAUGAACCUAAACAACCAUACUGAUAAAAGCGAGAGGAGAUAGUCCUAAUUUGGUCGUUAACAAAACUCCGGAGCGGAUAGUUUUUUGUGAGAACAAGAUUUGAACUUGAUCUGUAUUUUUUUGAGUCAACUAUCAAAUAUUCUCAAAUAUGUCUGAGCUAAACGGCUGUUCAAGUGCAGUUUAACCUAAUUUGUAACCCAGAAGAUUACUGCUCCAUGAACUGAAAUAUGUGCUGGUGCGGAACACAUAACCUUAUUUCUGUAUUUACGUUCUUGCUCCGCCCCAGACAGGUCUGACCAAUAAGUGGAGAGAAUGUGCUCUCAUGGUUUAUUGCAAUAUAUAUUGUGCCACUUACCACUUUCCUUGUGUGAAACCAAACUAAAGGGGAAACCCUGAUUCAGAUCAGAGAAAAUCCACUAUAGGUAUAAAAAAAAAAAUCCUAAAAGAGUAAAGAUCAUUCACUGUUUCCACUGUGAUAUUCUAUUGGCUCUACUAUUUGAUUAUGAUCUCUUACUGAGAUGUUGUAUGGAAAACUGAACAGACCCAAAGCUCGGAGUCAUAACAAGUAACCCAGCCAUGUGAUCCUGAAUGAUGCAAAGACUAAUAAAUUCUAUAUAAUCAGUUUUAUUAACAAUUAAACAGUACAGGAUUACUGUAACAGUUCAGCCCUCAGAAUAGUUCCUAAUCUUUUUAAUAUAUAGUUUGCUGUCUCAUGAUUUGGGUUCUCUCCAAGAUCACAGUAUUACAUUGGUGUAUUACAGUAUAAGAAUCAUAUGGAAAUGCUAUAAAUUUACAUUUUUUUUUCUUUUGAACGUCAUGACAAAAUGUUGUAUAAUAAAGAUAUUUAUUAUGAAAUGAUUAAAAACAAAUGUUUCCCUAAUA